CACAUUGACAUGCGUGUUUGGAGUAAAAGUGAUUGAAAUUGUCAGCCAUAUGUGGCGAUGCAACACAGUCUAAACUGGAUUAAAACCAGACUUCAUCUGAUCUCAUCUGAAUUUAUUUGAGCAGUGUAUCAGUUGAAUCGAUUUAUUCGGCUCAUGUUAAAGAGUUGUUUGGAAGGAACCGAUUCGUUACGAGUCAUCGUGCUGACUGUUUCAACACAUGGAGCCCAGUUAGGAUGGAUGUGUGUCGGGUUUCUUCGGGUUUCUUCUUCUGUAAGCUGAGAAAGUAUGAGAAAACACUGCUUGUGUAGCUGCCUUUGGAGUGCAGGGGAUCUAUCCUAAACGAUUUGAGAUGAAGAAGGACAUCGACACAUUAAUAGCUGAAGAACGCGCUGAGAUCAUCUUAAAAUAUGAAAAGGGCAGGACGGAGGGCGUUCAGAUUGACUCAUGGGAAGAUGCCAACUUUAGCGUCUACAAGUUCUUGGACCGCUUUGGCUUCCGGCAUGAGGAGGAGUUGCCUACACCGUGUGCAGUGGAGGAGAAGCAUAAAUUUCAGCAGAAGGAAAGGGAAGACAAAUGGAUUAAGAUGGUAAAAAACUGGACCAGGUACCAUAACAGUGAGAAGAUGAUAAAACGUGUUUAUAAAGGGAUUCCCAUGACGCUGCGUGGCCAGAUUUGGGCCCUCCUGCUUGAAGUGGAGAAGGUGAAACAGCAAAAUGAAGGGAAAUACGAGAAAAUGAAGGAACAAGCAAAGAACUUCUCAACAGAAAUUAAGCAAAUUGACCUGGACGUCAACAGGACUUUUAGGAAUCAUGUAAUGUUCAUGGAUAGAUUCGGAGUCAAACAGCAAGCCCUGUUCCAUGUGCUGGCAGCGUACUCUGUUUACAACACGGAGGUGAGCUACUGCCAGGGCAUGAGCCAGAUUGCAGCCAUUUUGUUGAUGUACCUGAACGAGGAAGAUGCAUUCUGGGCCCUGUCUCAGCUUCUUACCAAUCAGAAGCAUGCUAUGCAUGGAUUCUUCAUCCCUGGAUUCCCCAAACUGCAACGCUUUCAGGCUCAUCAUGACCAGAUCCUGGCUAAACUCCUUCCAAAGCUGAAGAAGCACUUGGAUAAGGAGCAGAUGACUAGUGGUAUAUAUACAACCAAAUGGUUUCUGCAGUGUUUUAUUGACAGGACACCAUUCAGGUUGACUCUGCGUCUUUGGGACAUUUACAUACUUGAAGGAGAGAAGAUUUUGCCUGCCAUGGCCUACACAGCUCUUAAAAUCCACAAAAAGCAUCUGUUAAAGAUGCCUUUGGAGGAUCUGCGAGAGUUUCUGCAGGAAAAGAUCUCCUCCUCCUUCCAGCUGAAUGAUGAUGCUGUUAUAGAGCAGCUGCAGGCCUCCAUGGUUGAGCUACGGAAAAUGAAGCUGGAUCUUCCUCCUGCACCUAAAGGUGAUGAGCUACCAAAGAAGCCUCUGGGCGUAGAGCGUCCAAUUGUACUAACCCCGGUAAUCUCCAUUCAGCCCGCCAAAGAUGCUGACGAACACCCUGCAUCUCCCCUCACAACUAUCCCCAUCAGACAUAAAAAGUCCCCACCUAUGCCUCCACCCAGAUCAGUUUCCCAGAACACUCCAGAACAGUGUCCAAAGCCUCAAAUCUCAUACUCACAGCCUAAAACAGAAAGCUCAGAGACUGGUGCUGUGGAGGAGAGGCUGGAUUCCUCUUCUGCACAUAAUUCUUUGUUGUUGGAAAGCAGAGAAACCAUAUUCCAGGCAGACUCGGGCGAAUGGCCUCCUCCAUACUUGCCCUCGGAAUCUGAUGCAUACAGUGUAGACUCUCUGAAUCUCCCUGAACUGCCUCCACCGCCUCUUCCCUGUUCUGACACAGAGUCUGGGGUUGACGUAUCACCCUCAGGGGAUUCACUCCUGCGAGCACCAAUCCAACAGGACCUCAACCAGGAGGAUCGGUCUGCAUCACCUUCUUCCUACAGAGCACAGCGGCAGUACGGCAAGUUCCCCGUCACUUUUUAUGUCCCGGGGUCUCCGGGUGCUCGACGGCCCUCUGAACAAUCUCAUUAUGACAAUCUGUCUGAAGAAGAAGAGCAGUCUGGAGAGAAGAUUCCAGGAAACGAGGCCAACCGGGAGAACUCUCAGCCCUGGCCUUCUCCACCUAGCUUUUUUUACAUUCCUGACACAGCUCCAGCUCCACCUCUAAAGCCUGUAAAAGAACACCUCGACACACUCGACUGCCUGACAUCAAACUGCACCUCCCUCCAACCUCCACCCGAGUUUGCGGACCAGCCAUCAACUGUUUCCUCUCCUCUGCUUUCUUACAAAGCUGUCCAAACUGCACAGAGCCAAAACAUCACCUACAGGAAUCAACCGCAAGCUCCCAGACUGCCAAUAAAACCUGCAGCACUUUCCUCUGGAGCCACAGCAGUGUGUGCUGACUUUAACCGGAUACGUGUCCCAAAUUACCAACCGCCAAAGCCAGUGACCUUCUAGCACAGGAAACCGUGCAUUCUCUUUUGAGCCAUUGCAAUAAAAAAGAACAAAAGAAAUAAUGCCUUGUGUUCAUGAUGGUUAGGACUUUCCCAGUGUCAGACCCUCGUUUAGAUGUUUUGUGUAUUAUUUUGUGUUUAGUGGUAUCCAAUGUAGCAUAUAUUGCUUCAGGGGAGCUGAUUUUGUACACUCGCUGUGUACGUGUGUACGUGUGUGUACGUGUGUGUGUGUGUGCACAACACAGAUCAUGAAGCAUGUGCAUUUGUGUGUGUAUUAACAUGUUUGUGUGUGCAUGUGAGGAAGAAGCAGCGGUUAUACUGUUGUGCUUUUGUUGCUUUUGUAAAGGUUUUUUUGUUUGUUUGUUUGUUUUUAGAAAAGUCAGUUGUCAGUUUUAGAACUCCUGAUUUUUAUGGUUUGUUGUUUACAAGUUACAGUAGAUCGUUACAAGGGUGCCAUUAUUUUGUGUAUAUAAUAACCUGCAGCACACACACACACUCCCAUGUUGAAAAGUUUUUUCAAAAACAUUCAAUUUUUUUCCCAUGAGCAGCUUAUGAUUUUAAAUGUUUAUUGAUAUAUAUUUUGAAUGUGUGUGCAGUGGUGGUUUGGGCAGCUUUGCCAGGUCAUGUAAAGUGUAAAAACUACCUUACUGUUAAAAAAAAAACCUGUGUGCUUAUUUAAAAUAUAUAUGCUGAGGAUGGUGUCACCAGGAGUGAGUAAAAGAGGAACAGCAAAGAGGAGGUUUAUGGAUGUGGUAAAGGGGAAGACAUGCAGGUGGUUGGGGUGAGAGGCAGAUGUACAGGACAAGAGGGGUAGGGAAACAGAUGAUCCUCUGUGGCGACCCCUAAUGGGAGCAGCCGAAAGAAGAUUUUAAAUAUAUGUGCUGAAAUAUCAGGGCUACAAAAAAAAAAAAAGAGCUUUGACCUGUGUUGAUUUUGUAAUGCUCAUGCUCAGGAUUGGGGCUGGUGUGUGUAUGUGAAUCCUGAAAGAGGAUCAGCAGUGUUACAUAUGGUUUUUGCACUGUUCAGUAGCGCCAUCCUGUGGUCCUCAGUAUUCUUUUUUUUUUGUACACUGGAGCAAUGCAAUCCCUUCAAAACAACAACCUCAAACACUUUCUAGAACAUUAUUAACUUUGAUCCUGGAGUCAAUUAUAUCCUGACAUCUUGGAGACAAUACCAUCCUGAUCUCUGCUGUUGCUGCAGAUAAUAUAACAGAAUGAGGAGCAGUUAUUUGUAUUGACUGAAAGACUGUUACAGAGAAUUGUCUUUUCAUUUAAUGACUAAAGGAAUGUCAUAAAGGUGUUUUUUUUGUUUUUUUUUACACAUUUGUAUUUUUAUUACAAAAAAAUAUUUAAUAUUGUUUAGUGUUUGUGUUCUUGUGUAAAUACUUUAUCACAACAAACCAAAGAUGGACUUGUGUCUUACCUGGGGUGUCCUGCAGACAGUAAAUGAUGUGAAAAGCUUAAGAGGUCUAAAUGAAAAAGUGUUUUCUGUUUUAGUGUAAAAAAAUUGAGACAUUUUACACUGAGAUCUUUAUUAGCAGUUUGCAUUCAGUGCUGCUGUGUGAGUUCCCUCUAAAGCAGAACAGCAGGCUGGUUACAUGUAUUACAUGAACACACACUUCAGCUCAUAGAAAAGUGCAAAUCAGUGCAAUCUUAGUCAAAAACAAGUAUGUACCCAUCACCCACUUACUUUAAAUAUAAAUAGUGUGACUUUCUUCAGACACCUCGUUAAGUAAACUAGUGUACAUGUACAUGACAAAAAGUCAAAUAGAAAAAGGCCUUUCAUUGGUUUAGAGUGCUUUGGUAUAAUUCAAUCACAGUAAUAUUGUUCCUGGGCCAUACCUUCAUUUUCUAAUAUAAUCAGUUCCAUAAAUAAUCACCUCAUUAACAGUAAGAAAAUAUAAAAGCAGACAUGGAAGUUUAAAGUACAGUAACAGUGUAUUGAGCUCUUCUGAGCAUUUUUCUAACAGUCACCUAAAAAAAUACAAAUAAAAAUCUCGAUAUGACGUCUUCAUAAAGUGUGCACGUGAACGCUGUCCAAGCCAAUUACUUCUGUUAGCUAGCAGAGAAUUUAGAAAUUACAAGUGAAAUCGUGGAUAAAACGAG